CUGCUGAACCAAACUUUUCCCCCCUGAGCAGCGGCGGCACCGUGGAUCGGGACGGACGGAUCCAGCGGCGGAGGGAGCUUUUGUUUCCUCGCCACACGAGCACCGCUGAGGACUAACUUGAGGUCGGGAGAGAAAACGGGGGAUCGCAGAGGAAUUUCACUCCCGCAACCAAGCCCCCCUUUUCCCUUCGCUUCCCCGCACCUCCUCUGUUUUUUUUACCCCGGGAUUCGCGAUGGGGAAGGAGCAGGAACUUCUCGAAGCGGCGCGGACUGGAAACCUGGCCGCGGUGGAGAAGCUUUUAUCCGGGAAGCGACAGAGCGCUGGCACCGGCAGCGGAUCGUCUGGGACCGGUGGAAGUGGCAACAGCGGCGGACACGGCGCCUCCUCUCAUCCGCUCUCCAGUCUGCUCAGCAUCUGGAGAGGCCCCAAUGUGAAUUGUGUGGACAGCACUGGAUACUCCCCUCUCCACCACGCCGCCCUAAAUGGACACAGCGAGGUGGUGGAGGCGCUGCUACGAAACGAGGCCUUGACGAACAUUGCCGACAACAAGGGCUGCUACCCUCUCCAUCUGGCUGCGUGGAAGGGAGAUGAACAUAUCGUCAAACUGCUCAUUCACCAAGGACCUUCACACCCCAAACUCAAUGAGCAGAGCUCUGUAGACCAUAAAGAGUUCAAACGCUGUGGGCCCUUUGACCCCUAUAUUAAUGCCAAGAACAAUGACAACGAGACACCGCUGCACUGUGCCGCCCAGUACGGCCACUCCCGGGUGGUGCGGCUGCUGCUGGAGGAGCUGACAGACCCCACUAUGAGGAACAACAAGUUUGAGACUCCACUGGACCUGGCCGCGCUGUACGGCCGCCUGGAGGUGGUCAAGCUGCUGCUCAGUGCGCACCCCAACCUGCUCAGCUGCAACACCAAGAAACACACGCCGCUGCAUCUGGCGUCUCGGAACGGACACCUGUCUGUGGUGGAGGUGCUGCUGGACGCUGGCAUGGACAUCAACUAUGAGACGGAGAAAGGCAGCGCCCUCCACGAAGCAGCCUUGUAUGGGAAGACGGAUGUGGUGCAGAAACUUCUCAGUGCAGGUAUCGAUGUGAACAUCGUUGAUCAGAAGGGCCUGACAGCGCUGGACAUUGUCAAGGACAUGCCCUCCCAGAAGAGCAGAGAGAUAGCCGCUCUCAUCUUAGGUCACAUGACUGGAAAACCCCCUGACAUUGACCUUCCCCCUCCACCAAUCCCUCCGCCUCAGGAGAGUCCCAGCCCACGGAAAAAGGGUGAUCUGGAGAAGGUGAGUGAGCUGAUCUCGGGGCUGGCCCCGGGGCCUGAGGAGGAGAGCCCGUAUGAGGCUCUGUUUGAAGCCACCUCUUGCCACUCUCUGGACAGCCUCACCAGCGGCAAGUCCUCCGACAGGGACUCUGGGCGGCCGGAUAGUGAAGCUGGCAAGAAAGAUCGCCUGGUCCACUCAUCACAUGCUGGCCCUGGUCAUGAAGAAGAGGUGAGCUCAGAGGCCCUGUAUACUAAUAGCAGUAUUGAUGAGAGAGGCGAGCCGGCGGAGGAGGAGGAGGAUCACACGUAUGAGUUGUUGCUGACUGCUCAGACCAAACACCCACCGCCCAGCCUGGAAUCCCAGUCCAAUAAAGAUGAGAACACCACUAUACAAUCUUCCAACAGUGUCCUACCUCAGCGUAAACCCACUGCCCCGAAUGACCUCAGAGCCCCGAGCAAGACGAAAGACACCCUGCACCCUCACCCACGGGCACCUGGAGAUAACUCCCAGCCCAGCCAGGAUCAGGGAGCAGGUGUCCCGGAGCAGUUCACUGGCCUCCUGCACGGAUCCUCCCCUGUCUUUGACUGCCGCGAGGAGCCCUUCAGGCUUCCAGGUGUCCCGCCACCCAACCAGGGCCAGCCAGAAUCAAGAAAACCCGCCAAAGUGAAAGAGGAAGUAGCAGCAGCUGCACCGCCACCGAGCCGUCCCAGUAUGGCCGCCAUCCUGACAGACUGUGAUCCAAAAGCAAUUUAUGCAACUGUGAACAAGGAGCCAAGGGACUCAGGGGCCGGGGCAGCGUCUGCCGUUAGGAUGCGCCCUCCAGGGGACCUGAAGCUGGCACGCAGCCUCUCCAAGUCUGACUCAGACUUGCUCGUGUCGCCCCCUAGUGAGGAGGACGGAGGAUUGGGAAACCGUAGCGAGUCUGUUUCUAACUGUAGCACUGGCAAGAAGAGGCUUGAGAAAUCUCCCUCUUUCACCUCAGAAUGGGACGAGCAGACACCGACGAACUCUCCUACCACAAUACCACGAAGAUCUAAUUCUGCUGAGAGCAUCGAGAAGAUCAUGACGCUGAUUGGUGCUGGCAUCGAUUUUUCCAGAGAUCAGCAAUAUGCUACACCAGCAGGUGCUGCCGGCCGGCUGCUGGACCAGCCUGUGGGAGACUGGCUGGAGCACGUGGGGCUGCCGCAGUAUGAGAGCAAACUACUCCUGAACGGCUUCGAUGACCUGCACUACAUGGGGAGCAAUGUAAUGGAGGACCAGGACUUGAGAGAGAUUGGGAUCACAGACCCAAGCCACAGGAAGAAGAUCCUGCACGCAGCACGUUCAUUACCAAAGGUGAAAGCUCUGGGCUGUGAUGGCAGCAACUCCCUCUCCUCCUGGCUGGAGAAUCUGGGCCUGCACGAGUACUUACACAACUUCCUGGCCAGCGGCUACCGCACUCUGGACUGUGUCAAAAACCUGUGGGAGCUGGAGAUUGUCAAUGUGCUAAAGAUCUCCCUACUUGGUCACAGGAAACGCAUCAUUGCUUCCUUAGCGGAGAGACCCUACGAGGAACCUCCGGUCAAGCCUCCUCGUUUGUCUCAGAUCAGGUGCCAAGAUUUGCCUGGAUCCCAGACGUCGUCCCCCCUCAGUCAGAUGGAGUCCUACACAGGACGCUCAAUGGACCCUUUGCUGCCAGUGGGGGAGCCAGGGAGGAAAAAAGUGGCAGACACUGACUAUGACGUUACCCAAAGAUAUCGCAGUGAUCGAGUCAGAUCACAUGAACGGUACGAAGAGCGGCAUCGAGAGCCCCGUCUGACCCUGCGGCCGCCGAGUCUGGCAGCACCGUACGCCCCGGUCCAGAACUGGCAUCAUCAGCCUGAGAAACUCAUCUUUGAAUCCUGCGCCUAUGAAGCCAGUUACCUUGGUUCCAUGCUGAUCAAGGAUCUGCGGGGUACGGAGUCCACGCAGGAUGCCUGUGCCAAAAUGCGGAGGUCGACAGAACAAAUGAGAAAAGUCCCGACCAUCGUCCUUUCCAUCACCUACAAGGGUGUGAAGUUCAUUGAUGCAGCCAAUAAGAACAUCAUCGCGGAGCAUGAGAUCCGUAAUAUUUCAUGUGCAGCCCAGGACCCAGAGGACUUGUGCACAUUUGCCUACAUCACCAAGGACCUGCAGACCAGCCACCACUACUGCCAUGUGUUCAGCACAGUAGACGUGAACCUGACCUAUGAGAUUAUACUGACGCUCGGCCAGGCGUUUGAGGUAGCCUAUCAGCUGGCUCUGCAGGCCCAGAGGACCAAACAGCACCAGAACCUCCCAGCGGGACCCAGCUCAGAGGUCAUUGAGACCAAGUCCAGCCGACCUGUACCUAGACCACGAGGCAGCGUACGGAAGUCAGGGGGUGACAUCGUGGAGCAGGAGGGGGAUUCUCAGUCCCAGGGCAGCGCUACGUGGCUGGUGGACCCCAAGGAAUCCAAGCGCACUAUCAGCACUAAGUACGAGACCACCAUAUUCUGAUUGGACCCCUCUUCCUUCUGACCUCUGACCUCUGGGCCUGGUCUCACCCCUCUUCCUCCCCCUCCUUCUGUGUGCCUUUCACUGUGACUCUGCCUCCCCCUCUGGGCUGGACCCCUGCUGCCCUCCCCGGUCUCCCUUCAGCCAUCACUCGUCUACAACAGUCUGCGAGUGCUUUGCUCCUUCCUCCUGCUAAACCACCACUUUUAGAGAUAAUUAGUGCAACCCUUCCGCUUUUAAAACCCUCCUUCUCGCAGGUACCGCUCACACCUCCAGCCUGCCGCUCACCUUCACUGUUACUCUCCUCUCUGUUUACCUUGUAUGCUUCCUGUGCACAAUGCUUCCUUUCUCUCCCCCAGUCAACAUCCCACUAUUGACUCUUGGUGAUAAGCUCUUUCUUUUCUCGGUGCUUUUCCUGCUCUGUUAGGCGACGGCCACUCUGAGGCUUUUCACUCUCGAUCUCUCAACUUCUCCGAGCGCUGAGAAAAUCUGAUUGACCGCAACUGAGAGUGACGCUCUGCACACAUCCUGUACCUGGAUGGACAUGUUUCCUGAGGAAACUGACAAACUUGGGCCUGUAACUAUGCGUCAGUUGGACUUAAGCAGACUGUUCGGUGGGACGGAGGUCACGAUGUUAUUGAGGUUACACAGGAUUUACUAAGGGGGGUAUUUUUCCCUGUCAGCAGUCUGCUCGAAGCCAAAGGAGGCUAAGAUCCUAGCACUGUGAUAAGGUCCUUUAGGAGCUAAUAAAGUAAGCAUUUCGGGGGAUUUUCUAGCAGGGGAUAAGGGGAGCAGAAUAGGGCGUAACAGCUGGCAUGGACCCGCAUGUUAGUGGUCCAAGCUGCGCUGGAAAAGACAGUCCAAACUGUCUUACGACUGGCAUGCCCUCCUCUGUGUAUCAAUCAAAGCAGCAGGAUUUAAACCUGAUGCUUCUUCUGGAGUGAACUAACUAUAACUAAGCACUUUUACCAAAUCCCCAAGUGUGUGAGAACAAGUGCAUCUUCCUCUGUCCUGUCUCUUUGCUUUCUUCUCUUCACAACAAAUGCCUUCUCUGUUCAUCCUGCCUUUUAUUUCGCCAAUCACCACAUGGUUAAUAUUUCACUGGUGAAGAGUUAAUCAUUAUAAAGAGGAGCAGGGGUUUCCCAUCACCGUCAUGCUGUUUCUGUCCAUUAGUUGUGUUUUUUUUUUAACUUUAUUUUAACCUUGUUGCUUUGUGUGCGUGUGUCUGUGUCCCUUCCCCAUAGCUGAACACUGUGGCCUCUCCCAAGCCAGUAAGAAAGGACAGGAUUGAGCCCUGUUGCAUGGUGGGUAAGGUGUUUUGUUGGGCCAAGGCAGCAGAAUCACAUCAGCAGGUGGAUCAAGCUCGCCACAGUAACA